GGCUCUCGUUUUCGUUGAAACAUUUGGCCAGAAAAUAUUUUGACGGCAACAUUCGAACAGCUCCCAAAAAUUCCCAAAACAAAAAAUAGAAAAAUAUAUAUUAUAUAUUAUAUAUUUACAAAAGAAGGACAAAGACAUUUGCCACUUCCGUCGAGACGUUUGGAUGGUGCAUAUAUGUAUAGAUGUAUAUAUAUUUUGUAAACAAAAUAAUAAUAAUUCGUAAUAAUAAUUGAAUGAAACCGAUGAACAAAACAGCUACCUCCUUCCUUUAUUUGCUUCGCUCCACUUCGAACCGGACAGUGGUCCACAUAAAGCUCCUCCAUCAUCACAUACGAUUCCGUUCAUUGCCACUUUGGAUCCCGGUGGCGGCCACAUUAUCCAUAGAAAGGUCUAACAACUCCAGGACGAUACCAUCCGAGGUAGUUCAAUGUCGGAUGAAGUAGAAUAUGUGGACGACGAGCUGGAGGACGCGGAUGAGGAUAAAAAGUAUCGCAAGUAUCCCACCAUCAAGCGUAUAGAUGACCAGGAUCUGAAUAGUGUUAGGGAUACCGCUGGGUAUAGGGAUGCCCCAUCAUCUCCAGAGAUUAAGUCGGUUUGCGGUCCAUCGCUCGAUUCGGAAUCCGUUCCGUAUGUGGAGACAUCGGCGAGUGUCUCCGAAAUGAAGCAGCUCUGCCAAUCGGUGGACCAGCACCUGGUCGAGCUUCAGCAGAAGUUCCAGAGCGUCUACAAUCUCAACGGCAACAAGAAGUACGGCGUGGAGAACGCCGAGGAGCCGAUGAGCUCCAAUCAAAAACUGGAGACCACCCGGAAGAUGAGGAAGCCACUGCCCAAGGACUCGGUGGAGAACGCUUCGAUAUCGCCACGACUCCCUGACGACGAGGACGAGGAGGAUGAGGACGAUGAGGAAGAUGAGGACGAGGACGAUGACGACGACGACGACGACGACGAUGAGUCAAGUAGCUCUGAUUCUGGCUCCGGCUCCGGGUCCGAUCACAUCGAUCCUGAAUACGGACAGAACAACGGGAUGGAGGAGAGCCUGGCGGAGUAUCGGGUGGGGGGCUAUCAUCCAGUGGCCGUCGGCGAUAUCUUUCAGAAUCGUUACUAUGCCAUCCACAAGCUCGGCUGGGGCCACUUCUCGACGGUGUGGCUCUGCUACGACAGCCGGACGGAGCAGUACUGCGCCAUCAAGGUCGUCAAGUCGGCGGAGCACUACACGGAUACGGCACGCGACGAGAUCCGGCUGCUCCGCACAGUGGCGGAGUCCGAGUGGCAUCCGUUGCGCAAUCGAUUGGUCGACUUCCGGGACUACUUCUACAUGAGCGGCCUGAACGGCACCCAUCUGUGUCUGGUGUUCGAGGUGCUGGGCGAUAAUCUGCUCACACUGAUCCAGCGAUCCCGCUACCAGGGACUGCCACUGUGCAACGUCAAGCAGAUAGCGCUGCAGGUGCUCGAGGGUCUCUGCUUCCUGCACACCCAGUGCCGGAUCAUACACACCGAUCUGAAGCCGGAGAAUGUCCUGCUGGUGGCGGACGACGUGGCGAUCCGGGCUCAGGCCAAUCAAGCGGCUAGUGCCUUUCUGCAGGCUCAUUCCCAUCUCUCCAGGAGUGGCGCAAACAGUAGCAUCAGUAGCGGCUUGUCUACAGCGCUCCGGUCCACCUGCCCCCCAUCGCAGGAGGAGGUGGGCGGUGAUCGCUGCGGUCAGGCGGCCCACACUCCAGUCCCCCAUCCAGACCAGUCGCCCCUCUCCCAGGGCAAGAUUCCAUGUACAUCCGGUCCAAGUCCCAUACCACCAGUCCAUGGCUCCAACCAAAACCAGUCGUCCAAUGACGCCAAGCUGACCAAGACGGCCAAGCGGCGAAUGAGGGCGCGCGCCAAGCGCAGUGUCACCUUCUUCCAGCAGCACCGUCAGUGGCUGCGCCAGCGCGCCGUAGAGGAUCUCCUGGGACUGGCGGAACGGGGUUUGCUUACCUCGACCACUGCCGCCAUGGGUGUGACCGGGAAACUGCCGUUUAUGCCCUUCACCUUUGACGGCCUGGUGAUCCUCGACGAGUCGGACAUCGUCCAGCUGGAGCGGGUGGCCCUGAUCGAACGGGUGGGCGAUAUGCCCACCGCCUCGCACAAGCGAACACUCGACUCGCCCAUCAAGGGCACCAAUCCGGGCUCUCCGAAGCUAUCCAAACGUCGCCGGCAAGCGGAGAACUCGCCCAGGAGUGGCAACGGAAACGCAAAGCUGAAUCUCGCCCAGAAACAGCACAUCUGCAAGCAUCUGGACAGGAGCUCCACUGCUCUGAAACUGCUCAUCAACAGCCCGGAAAAGUUUAUGCGCUACGUCCAGAAGAAGGUGGCCGAGUCGGAUAGGGCGGCCCAGGCGCGCCAGCCGGUGGCCAGGAAACAGCGGAGCGGUACCGUCAAGAAGACCAAACAAGGCUCCAAGAAGAAGAGCCCCUGUGCAACGGGAGGAUCCUGCUGCAGUGCCAACGUGUCCGGUGGAUGUGUUCAGGCCAAGGAGCAGUUUAGACCCUUGCCCAACCUGGACAUCAACUCCCGCAACGAUCCGGCGACGCAACAGUGCAAGGUGAGCGUAAAGAUAGCCGACAUGGGGAAUGGGUGUUGGUUCCAUCAUCACUUCACCGACGACAUCCAGACGCGAGAGUACCGGGCCGUGGAGGUGAUCCUGGGAGCGGGCUACAACGAAACGGCCGACAUCUGGAGCGCAGCCUGUCUGUUCUGGGAACUGGCCACGGGCGACUAUCUGUUCGAUCCGCAGGUGGACCGCGGCAAGGCCAGCCAGGACGAGGCGCACAUCGCCAACAUCAUCGAGACUUGUGGUCCGAUACCCCGGGAGCUGAUCGAUCAUGGGGACUACUCGUCGGACAUCUUCAAGCCGAACGGCCAGCUGAGGAACAUCAACAACCUUCAGUCGCGUCCUCUGGCCAAUGUCCUGAUGAAUCACUAUCGCUGGGCGCGCAAGGACGCCGUGGAGUUUGUGGCCUUUUUGGAGCCGAUGCUUCAGACCGAUCCGAGUCGCAGGGUCUCCGCCUUGGACGCCAUGCUCCAUAGUUGGUUGCGCGUAGACGGGGAUGAGCGUGAGGAUCGGGACGGUGACAGGGAUGGGGAUAGGGACAGGGAGCAGCGGGAUCGUGAUCGGGAUCGGGAGCGCGAGCGGGAUAGGGAUAGGGAUCGAGAGCGCGAACUGGAUCGGGGUAAUGAUCAUAAUCACAAUCACAAUCAUAACGAACUUACGGCAGCUGGCGGGACAAAAAGCAUUGGUGGUGGCGGCGGGGGUGGAGGAACUCCACGAUACUCUAAAUCAGAUCCGGGAACAUUCAACGGCGACAUGGGUGCGCAAGAGUCGUAAUUUUUUACGAAAGACAGUCUUGGCGUCGCCCUCCCCCCUCCACGGGGAAAAAUCCACGGGAAAUAUACUUUAUUAUUUAAAGAUCGCAUCACCUCCAUAUAAGUGUCCAUCUGUAAAUGUAAUUAAGCAGGCCGAUGUAGGUUGACAUUUCAAAUUCAAAUAAAGUGCGCCUGCAGUA